UUUUUCGGUCGCAAUGGAGCCCGCAAUGGGCUGCGUGAACAUCGGCAGCCUGACCAGCGCGCUGCCCGUGAUCCCCUACCGCAAGCUGACCGACCUGCACUACAUCAGCAAGGGCGGCUUCGGCACCGUGUUCCGGGCGCUGCACAGCGACUGGAGGACCACCGUCGCCAUCAAGUGCCUGAAGCUGGACUCGCCCGUCGGGGAGAGGGAAAGAAAUUGUCUUCUGAAAGAAGCUGAGGUGCUACACAAGGCCCGGUUCAACCACAUAAUUCAAAUAUUUGGCGUGUGCAACGAGCCUGAGUUUUUCUGCAUAGUUACAGAGUACAUGACCAAUGGAUCUCUGGAUGAACUUCUGCACGAGAAAAACAUGUACCCAGUGGUGGCCUGGCCGCUGCGACUUCGAAUUCUGUAUGAAAUUGCACUUGGAGUCAACUUCCUCCACAACAUGACCCCUCCGCUGCUCCAUCAUGAUCUGAAAACACAGAAUAUUCUGCUGGAUGGAGAGUACCAUGUAAAGAUAGCUGACUUUGGCUUGUCUAAAUGGCGGCAGCUCUCAAUCAGCACAAGGUCUGGCUCGAAGCCUGCUGAGAUGGGCGGUACUGUCAUCUAUAUGCCGCCCGAAGAAUAUGAACCCAAUAAGACCCGGCGAGCUGAUGUCAAACAGGACAUGUACAGUUAUGCCAUCAUUAUGUGGGAAGUGCUGUCGAGACGGAUACCGUAUGAAGAUGCCACCAACCCUAUGCAGAUCAUGUUCAGUGUCCUGCGGGGAUUGAGGCCUGAUACAGGACCGGACAGUCUCCCAUCAGACAUCCCCAGCAGGGAGACCCUCAUCAGCCUGAUGACCAGUGGUUGGACUUCCAAUCCAGACGAAAGGCCUUCAUUUAUCAAUUGUCUUAUUGAACUGGAGCCCAUGUUGAGGAGGUUUGAUGAGAUUGAAGUCCUGGAGGCAGUACUGGAGGUCAAAAGAUCCAAAUUCAUGAGGCCACAAAGCAGCGGCUCAUCAGUGCCAGCCAAUGGGAAACCGGUGGAGGAAAAGGGCUUUAAGAUGCAGACUCCCUGGCCAGAAAACAGUUCCACAUCGGGAUCUGGGUCCUGCUCCUCCCAGGAGACGGAUAUGUCCCAACCAGGCUUCCUUACAAUCUCGAAUCCUUUUCAUGGUGCACAUGGACCCCCAUCAUCAGUUAUAUCUUUGCCUAUGGACGCUCCAAAGCCUCUGAUAGAUCAGAGCUGUCAAAACAACUUGAACCCUGCCUACCAGACAGCCUAUCCCAUCUCUGAUUUCAACAUCCCCCCUAAACCACACCCUCCACAGAGCGAGAGCGACGUACCCAUCAAUAUCCACCCGCUCACCCUGCAGGCUCAAGACUUCCCUCUGUCUAUGGACAGUCAGGGGCCGGCGGCGCGCUGGAUCGCCUCUCGUCGGGAGGAGGUGGUGCGGCAGAUGACGGAGGCUUGUUUGAACCAGAGCUUGGAUGCCCUGCUGGCCCGUGAGCUGCUGAUGCGCGAGGACUAUGAGCUGGUCUCCAAUCAGCCCACGCGCACCGCUAAAGUGCGCAAGCUGCUGGACACGUGCGAGCGCCACAGUGAGGAGUUCUGCCGCAUAGUGGUGCGAAAACUUCAGGAGAACAAGCAAAUGGGGCUGCAGCCUUUUCCUGAACUCACCUCCCCGACACCACCUCCGCCUUACAGCGCCCCCAGCGCUCCCCCCUUCUCCACCUCCUACAACAACAACCGCAACAUUUUCUGACGCUCCAGACCCUUCACGCCUUCUUCUGAACUGCUUUUUAAGGGUGGAUCAUGCUUUGUGUUCCUAUGUUCAGACUGAAAACGGCUACAUUGCUUUUUUUGUGAUUUGAACACGUGUCAUUGCCUUUUUUCUGGCCAGAUAAUGGAUUUUUUCACAUCAGCCCUUGUUUUGUAGGGUCUCUUAUUAAUUAGGUCCUGUCUCCUUGUUAGCAUUAGGUGUUACAGGACUAAGUGUCAGCAGAAAACCUUCUGCACCGCUGACGUUGCCUGCAUUGUUGAUGAUGAACCUCUUUGCAACUUGUGUCUUCCUCUUGAAAGCUCAUGAUGAUGUUUUCCAUGAUCUGCACAAAUACAAAGCCCUUAUAAUAAUGUAGCUUUUAUACGCCGUCACAGUCAGUUGGUUUGUUGAAAGCUGUAUUUUUCUCUGUCAUAGCAGUAAGGCUUUCUAAAAAUAAUCUGACGUAUGUAAAGAAUGAUUACAAUCUUACAUUUGUUUAUACUCGUGUCACUAAAGUCAGAGAUAACUGGAUUUUAUAUCACAAGUUUUUUGAUCUAUCGUAUUUUACAGACUAUAAGGCACAUUUAAAAUCUUUUCAUUUUCCCCCCAAAAAAAUGCUAAACAGAGCUGAGUAGCUCUGCUAACAUGGGCUGAGAAUCACUGCUAACCGGAGCUGAGUAGCACUGCGAACCGGGGCUGGCUAGCGCUGCUAACCGCAGAGGACUAUUCUGCUAACCGUGACUGGGUAACGCUGAUAACCAGGGCUGGCUAGCACUGCUAACUGGCGCUGGCUAGCACUGCUAACUGGGGCUGAGUAGCGCUGCUAACUGUGGCUAGGAAUCACUGUUAAACACUUCUGGCUAGCACUGCUAACCGGAGCUGAGUAGCACUGCUAACUGGCGCUGGCUAGCACUGCUAACUGGGGCUGAGUAGCGCCGCUAACUGUGGCUAGGAAUCACUGCUAAACAUGGCUGGCUAGCACUGCUAACCGGGCCUAAGUAGCACUGUUAACUGGGGCUAGGAAUCACUGUUAAACACUUCUGGCUAGCACUGCUAACUGGGGCUGGCUAGCACUGCUAACUGGGGCUGAGUAGCACUGCUAACUGCAGCUGGCCAUGCUGCUAACCACGGCUAGCGCUCACCCUUAAACAAAAUUCUGGAAAGUUUACUGUAAAUAAACUGAAGUGCUUUUCUCUCCCAAAUAACCAGUUUUCAGGAGAGAAAUCUGUUUAGAUUAACAUCCAGUGCUCGUUUGACUUUGAAAGAAAAUGUGUUUUUUAAAACUACAGUUUUGUUUACUUAGGCACGUUCCCCAGCUUUACCAUUAGAAGGGAAACAUGGCGACACCCUUGCUCCCUUCGAUGUAGGCAUCGUUACAAGUGUCGCAUAAUCUGCCUUAUAGUGUGAAAAAUACGGUAACUUUUUGUUAGUGGCACUUUUGAAACUCGCGAGAAGUGGCUGUCUGAAAGUGAUCUUCCCGUUAUGUUGUACUCUAUUUAAGGUUUCAGCGUUUUCGUAGCUUCAUUCACUCCAGUACACUACUACUUUUUACUCCCAAUGCUCCGUGAUUUUAUUAUUAAAAAUAAAUGCAGGUUUCCUGAGUUAAAAAGGUGCCAGAGGAGGCUAGCACUCAUGCAGUUACAUAAGGCCUUCACUAAUGCAAUUACAUACAAUGUGCGUUAGAUAAGAAACUGCAUAUUCAGGAUUUUUAUUUUUAUUUUUUUGUUUAUGCUAAUCAUCAGAAGCUUGUCACUUCGUUAGCCAAGGAUCUAAGGCGCUGUAGCAGUGUACCACAGCUCCCUCCAAUAACAGAUCUGGUGUAGAACCUGCUAAUUUCACAUUUUUAGCAUUUUGGAUACUACUGAGCAGCACGUGAAUAGAAAAAAAAUAACAGUCUCAAACACAGAAGUUUCAGAAGUUUGCAUGUAGGGACUGCUGAUGACUUCAGUGAUUUCAGUUUUUCAACAAGAGUUUCAACAUAUUUUGUUUACUAACCCUACAGACUUUUCUAAGUGGAAAUGCGGACUGUUCUUCACUCUCUGUGGAUGUAAAUGAUCUAUUCUUUGGAGUACUGGUUCUAGACUUGGCUUCAAAGCAGUAAACAGUGAAAAAGAGCAACUUCAACAACUUCAACUGAACAGUGUUUGCUUUACUUAAAGCGAGUCAACAAAAUAAAGGAGGCAACAUAGACUUGGCCCCGUCUACAAGCACUUCUGACUACCAUAUCUAUAGACUGAAUUCUGGCAUUUGAACAUGCUUCUCUGUGGACUCUGGCUUGGUGCCUUUUCCAGCUAAUCUCAUUGGGCCGUUGGAGAUGGGAUUAUAAUUCACUUGGAUUGCAGAAGGCCUGUGUCAUGUUUUGGAGGAACGUUUAGUCCUGAAACGUUUAGUCCAGGUUAGACUCAAAACUGGUUCCACUGGUACAUCUUGCAUAUUUGUGUUACAACACUGUAGAAUGUGUUCAAGUUUACAUCGCAGGCUUUUUGCACAUCCUUCAUGCAGCUUUUCAGCUUUCAGUUUUUAGGCUGGUUGAACUUUUCCACUGUGUUCACACUGGCAGGCAACAAGUUCUUGGUUUUACCAUGAAUUAGUGUUUGCGUCUCAAUUGUAAACUAAUUUCUAAGACUAACUACAGUAUAUCCAGUUAAUCUAAACAAGGGUUUCAGUUUUGCCGAGGCACAGGGGCUGGAGCAGUAUUAGCAUUAGCCGCUAAGCUCUAGCUCUUUCACCGUUCAGAGGCGAGUAUAUCAGACUUUAGUCUUUGUGUUUACUGGUAUAAAACAAGCUACAUGGGACUAACCGCUAGCUGAUAUCGCCCUGGCUUACCGAAUACUCAAGAGUUCCUCAGUGUAGUGCUGUCGGGUGGCUGUUAAUGCUAAUGCUGCUGCACCCAGCCUUAGUUUAAAUCUGGAGAUCUAAGCUUACUGUAAAUAAACAGAAGCGCUUUAAUCACUCAAAUAAACAGUUUUCAGGAGAGAAAUCUGUGUAGAUUAAAAUCCAGCAACCAUUUGACUUAAAUUAAAAUCAAAUUAGAAAGAAUUAUGGCAACACCCUUGUUCCUUGCUAGUGUUGCUUCAUGCUUCUUAUAAUCCGAUGUGCUUUAUGUUCGAAAAUAGACGUUCAAUUAAAGAUUCAAAGAUUCAUCAUAUAAAAUAGGAAAAUGACUCUUUCAUGGUCAGAAACUACAAAAUAGUAGUAACCAAAAGUUGGUAGGAUUUGUUGAGCCGAUUAGUUUAAUGUCACGUCACCACAUCAUAAUUAAUUUUUCAUUCAUUUAAGAAAAUCCAACUUGAUUCGUCACAUGUCACUUCUUUGCCUGCCCCUUUUACAAAUCACGUACUCUCAUUGAAAAAGACUGGUGGCCUGUUGCUCUGUCGCCUGCUAGUGUGAUCAUAGUGCUUUCAAAGUUUGGUAUCACCUUUGCUUGGUACCAAUCAACAUGAUUUGACCAGACUUUUGGCAUCAUCUUCUCCUCUGGCCCUUCUUGUAGAAUAUUGUCACUAUUUUAUACUUUUAUAUCAUAAUUUCUACCCGUGCAUGCAUCACUCUUUAAUCUCUUAUGACCUAAAUUGAAAACUGGCCCCCUGUUUAUAUUCGAGCUUCAUCUCCUCUGCUUUUACUUGCCUGGGAGUGAGAGCAGAAUUUGCUGAGCUCAUACCCAUCCCCCUACACAAGUGCUGGACAGAUUUCAAACCGCUUCUGGUUGGUCCAGUCUUCCUGAGGUUGCCUGAUAUCACGCAGUGGCUUCAUGCUGCAGACGUCAGGCCUGCUUGCUGAGUGAGUCUGGAGCUUAGAUGGAUAAUGUCACACUGUUCCUUUACGUCGGUUAAGAAGGAAUUGGAAUCAGUGAUGCUUUAAAACUGAUAUAAUUUGAGAGUGUGAUCUAUCCCACUAGGAACUUAUCUUUUUGUUUUAUCUUAUGAUCUGAACUGACUCAUAAUCUUAGUUCUUCACUUCACAUACAUUAAUGCCUUUAAAAUUCUGAUGGUUGGAACAUCACCAGUAUCUUAAACUUUUUUUUUUAUAACACCUCCCCGAAAGAUAUAAUAAUGAAUAAAUACUAUAUUGUAAAAACUUGGUGCCAUAUCACUCACAGGGUGGUAAUAUCACUCACUGUCCAUUGCCUUAAAACACAGGCCAGACCUAAAUAACAGAUAAUUUUCUUUAAAGUUUCAGUUUCUCCAUUAUUGUCAUUCCUUUGUGGUCAGUGUAACAUUUAUACAUUUAUUUUUCUGACUGUUUGAGGCUAAAUGCAAAUGUAAAAAAUUAUAUGUAAGAACUUAUUACUUUAUUAUAUAUAUAGUGCAGUGUACAAGAAAUUUUUUAUCCGUUUUUCCAAUUUUAGUUUUUUUAUUUCUGCACUUCACAAUUGGAUUUUCAGGAAAAAUAAACAAAUUAUCUUUUCUUUAUUUUCUGAUUUUUCCAUUUUUGCAUUAGACUGGUGUUACAACAUAGAAAAAUGUACACAUCUGAAAAUCCUUUUGGUCUUAUAUAAUAUUCUAAUUUUAGAAUUCUAGUAAAUUAAUUUUUGUGGGAUUAAUUUUUCUUUGCACCUCACAAUUGGAUUUUCAGGAAAAAAUAAAAAAAAUAAUCUUUUCCUUAUUUUCAGAUUUUUUUGAUUUUUGCAUUUUGCAAGGAUUAUACCAUCAGAUUUGUGUUACAAGAUACAAAAAUGUACAAAUCUGAAAAUUUAGAUACAUUUUCCCGCAAAAUCUUACAGAACUUCAUGCUUUCCUCUGCUGACAAAUGUUAUAGAGAUGCAGAUUUCAUUUUCGAGCAGGACUUUGGCACACUGCCCACACAGCCAAAAGUACCUUUUGGUCUUAUAUAAUAUUCUAAUCUGUGUGUGAUUCAUCGUUCUCUGCACUUCACAAUUGGAUUUUCUGGAAAAUUGAAAAAAGGGAUCUUUUCUUUAUUUUCUGAUUUUUACAUUUUUGCAUUUUGCAAAAAUUGUUAUAGACAAAGCAGAUUUGUUACAAGAUACAAAAUGUUUAAAUCUAAAAAAAUGAGAGAAGAUUCACCUUUUCAUUUUGCUUGAAAUUCUCUUGAAGUUUUCCAAAAACUGAAAUGAAAAGCUAUUUAAUUGAAAAAUAUGAUGAAAACCCAUUUCUUCUUCAUUCUAAUGGGAAUGGGGAAAAAUAAUGAGGUAAUGAGGUUUAAUUCCCAAUUUUCUGUUUUAUAAUUUAAGCUUGAUACAGUCAGAAAAUUAAACUGCUAAAUGUUACACAGACCCUUUUGUCCUUUAUUGUGCUUUAUUUAUGAAUUGUGGAAGUGGAACAUCGACCAACAUCUCUUGCCUUCUUUUUGUAAGAAUGGACAGAUGCUGUCAUACAUCUUCAAUCAUCAGCGCUCGUUCUGAAUAAUGCAUUUCCUAUGUAGCAGUGUACAGUGAACAGACUGUGUUUUUUCUGUACAUGAAGAACUUCCAGUGAGAAGGUUUAUCUUUUAAAGCUGUUAUUAAAACCUGUAAAAUUC